AACUAGCGAGUGUGCAAGUCUGCUGGGAAUACCUAUUAGUAGCCUAAACUUCAAGAUAGGUAUAUAAACCUCACGAGGCACGAGAGGCUUAUCCACUAUUUCAGCAAUAUUCAACCGAAAAUGUUCCGCGCUCAACGUGUUUGCUUUUACUUCGUAACUUUCCUGGUCUUCGCAGCUGCCAGACCCAAAAUAAACUCGCAAAAUUCCCAGAAUCAAGUUGGAUUACGAGUGGUCAAAUUUUCGACCGCAGAAAGUUUUCCUUCCAAGUCAUCAAUAUCCACAGAGGCAACUAGUGAACCAUCGACUGUGAGCACCAGCGAAGAUACUUCUGAGGGGCCCACAGUAACUUCACCAUCAUCAGCAUCUGAGGAAACUAGUGAAGCACCUGAGAGUUCCAGCCAAGAACUGUCAACAUUGACUGAAAGCUCCAGCGAAAAGGCUUUAGAGGUGACCAUAGUACCUUCAUCUUCAUCGACGGAAACUAGUGAAGCACCCAGCCAAGAGACCACGGAAAUUGAGGAGUCAUCUGAAGAUUCCUCUGAAGAUGAGAGCUCCGAAUCAAGUGAGGAAUCAGAGGAAGGAUCGUACUACUAUGAUGAUUCGGAUUCCGACUACUACGAUAGUUACUUAUAUUAUUGAUGCAUCGCGUUACCAUUAAACUUUAUGUCAAAACAGAAUACAACUAUUUUUGAAGAGGCUUGAAAA